CGUAUUAAAGCAAGACGUCGCCAUAUUUGCUAGAUGUGAAAUUCAAGCAAAAGACGACCUUGACGUAAGUGAGAGACUUCCGUAAAUCAUGUUCGGCUCAAAUAACACCAACAAAUUUUCGUUUGGCUCCACGGGAACGAGUGGAUUUGGUGGUGGAGGAAACAGCUUUGGAACACCUACGAGCUCUUUUGGAUCUGGUUCCACCUUUGGCCAGCAAAAUAAAUCCGUUUUCGGUACAAACAAUAAUUCAAAUUCAGGUGGAGGUAUAUUUGGAGGAAGUAGCGGUUUUUCCACUACCACUACCUCAUCCGGAUUUGGAAGUUUUGGAACUCAAAAUCAGACCAAUGCUGGAGGCACAAGUUCAACAGGUGGAGGAGGAUUAUUUGGUUCUACCAAUAAUCAAAGUGGCAACAUGUUUGGUUCAACCACAGGAUUUUCAUUCGGUAACACAGGAACUGGUACCACUGGAGGAUCAAACAAUACUGGAGGUGGGCUAUUCGGUUCUUCAAAUACGGCAAGUUCAUCUGGUGGUUUGUUUGGUAACAAUAACAAUACUUCAGGAGGAAUAUUUUCGGGAGGAGGUCAAAGCGGAACAACUAUCAAGUUUAAUCCUCCACACGGAAGUGAUACUAUGAUGAAAGGAAGCGUGUCACAAAGCGUCAACACGAAACACCAAUGUAUAACCGCUAUGAAAGAGUAUGAAAAUAAAUCUUUAGAAGAACUACGAACAGAGGACUACGAAGCCAACAGGAAAUCUGCUGGCUCAGGUGGCACACCCGGCACUCUCUUCGGUGCACAAAACACCUCAAAUUUUGCCUCUUCUUCUGCAUCUACAGGUUUUAGUGGAUUUAAUUCUAACCAGUCUAGCAGUGGCUUGUUUGGCAAAAAAGAUAAUCCUACAACAUCAGGUUUUAGCUUUGGACAGCAACCACAGCAAACAAGUCAAAGUACAGGUUUGUUCGGUCAAACAACUACAUCUGCUCCAUCAUUCACGUUUGGCGGACAGAAUACAAAUACAAGUACAUCCUUGUUCGGUCAAGCAAAGCCAACUGGAUUUAACACAACUACCACUCAGGCUUCAACUAACCUUUUUGGUAGCACAAAUACAAACACAGGAUUCAAUUUUAAUCAAGGAAAUCAACAAAACAAUCUGUUUGGCCAAAAACCAACUACUACAGCAUCUAGUUUUUCAUUUGGUCAAAAUCAAACCCAAGCAGGUUUCGGAACUAGCUCAACCUCUACUGGAGGACUUUUCUCUGGUCAGAAGCCAUCAUUUGGUUCAUCUUUUGGUCAAACGUCAACAGCAACAAAUUUUGGAUCAAAUUUAGGUACAUUCGGCACCAAUACAACAGGAGCAACUGGCGGAUUAUUUAAUAAUAACAGUAAUCCAAAACCCUUUAAUUUUAACGCACCUGGUACAGGAAACACAAGUGGAUCCUUAUUUAAUAGUAGCUUAGGUUCUUUUGGAACAAAUACUGUAACCAAUAAUCAGGCUGCUUCAACAAAUAAUACUCAGCAACAGCUGCAGCAGCAAGUAAUGUUGUUAAGCCAAAACCCUUAUGGUGAUUCGCCAUUGUUUAAUAACUUAAAGAAUGCGGAUCCAAAGAAAAAGGAAGAAGUUUUGAAACCAACUAAUCCAAGUGCACAAAAGGCUGCUAUUUCGCCAGCGUUUAAUCCAACUAGACGACGCUCAACUCCACGCUCUACCAGUCGCAUUCGCCCAAAACCUCUAAAUUCUAGUUCAACGGGUAAUUCACUCUUUGAUGGAUUGGAAGAGGAAGAUGAUGUUUCAAAUGCAAGCGUGUUUUCAAAGAAAAGUGACGUCAAAAAAUUAGUUCUCAAGAAGAAAGUACCUGGAGGUGUUUCUACUCCUAAUCUAUCUAUUAAUAAAUCUCCUGCUGAUUCAACAAUUGAUCUGUCUACAUAUGCCAAUGGAAAAGAAAAUGAAAAACUUGAAGAAAAAAAAUCAAUGAAUACAUCGUUGCAUGUUCUAGAUACUUCAGUUAGAAAAGUUCUUGACAUAACUGAGAGCGAAGAAACAACUGAAGUUCAGUUUUCCCGUCCAACUCAUCCAUCUGGCCUAAAGCUAAAUCGCUGUGAUUAUUACACCUAUCCAAAAUGGGAAGAUUUAGUUGCCAAUAUUGACAGUGAAAAUAGAUGCAUUGUCGAAAAUUUCGUUAUAGGAAGACAUGGAUAUGGAAAUGUCUACUUUCAUGGACAAACAGAUAUAACAGGCCUUGAUUUGGAUGAUUUAGUUCACUUCAGAAAACAUGAAGUCACUGUUUAUCCUAAUGAUGAAAAUAAACCAGAAGUAGGCAAUGGAUUGAACAAGAGAGCUCAAAUUACCUUAGAUGGCGUUUGGCCUAUUGAUAAGUCGACUCAAAGUCCUAUAAAAGAUUUUGAGCGACUGAUGGAUAUGCGCUAUGCCAAUAAACUAGAAAGGGCGACUCUAAAAAUGGAUGGUAAAUUCCUAGACUAUAGACCAGAAACAGGUAGCUGGGUCUUCGAAGUUAAGCAUUUCACUAGAUACGGUUUAGCUGAUGAUGAUGACGAUCUAGCAGAUGAAGUUGUUGAUAAGAAGCUGAAGAUAGACAAAAAAGAAGUUAUUGGCUCGAAAGUGGCAGAAAAGGAAGUAGUUGAAACGAAAAGUGAGAAAGAAAAAGAAAAAGCAGAAGAAGAAGCCAAGAAAAUUGUUGAAGAAAUUGAAGAAGAAGUUCAACCACGUUCUACACUGCCUAUAAGCCAUCAGUUGGCUGUUCGCCUAGGCGUAUCUGCCUAUGACGUUCAAAUGAUGAAAGCAUCGUUCUUCGACGACGAUGAAGAGGAGGAGACUAAUAUGCAAACGGAUGAAAAAGUAGUGACUCCCUUGAAGAUUGUCCCAAAAUCGACGGGACUUGGAGGAAAUUUUAAGAUGUAUGAAAAAUCAAUAGAGCCUCCACCUGAGCUGAUGGAAGAACCUGAAGAAAUUAAAAAGGAUGAAGAGUAUGAAGAACCAGAACCAGAAGGAAUUUUAAUUCCCUCUUCAAUGGGAGAUGAAGAUGAGAACAUUGUACCAACAAUAAGAACAAAUUCGUUACAUCCUUGGUUUGUCCCUUGGAAACAAUCUGUUCAGAUUGUAAAAUCUGUGAAUGAUUUAUGCCGAUCUUUUCGAUGUGGGUGGUCAUCAAACGUUUUAAUUCGGCCUCUAGUUGAUAUGCAGGAUGCUUUAGUAGGAACCCCUUUUAAAGUUGAUAUGGUAAAAAUGAUUGAUGAAAAUUCAAUGUCAGCUUUUGGAACGGAAUGCUUGUUGCAAACAGCUUUAGAAUUUACUGAUUUCACUAACGGUGAAAGACUGGUUCACUUGAAACCUAGAGAGGAUAGCCGUUUGCUUCAUUCCUACGCUGAUAAUUUACAAAAUGUUUUGCCAGAUGUAAAAGAUGAUAAUGUAUUAAAACUCUCGUCAUCAGUUUGGAAAUUAGGCGUUGCUCUUUGGUCUGACUUAAAUAUUGACGAUAUGAGAACUGAUUACGAAAUUCAAAUGCUACGAAAAGAUUACGUAACUGAAUGGUUACAACAAUUCGCUGUUGACUGUCUAAGUGAAUGCAGUUCCGAGAAAAAAAUUUUCUCCGAAUUGACCGCAAGACGGUUACAGAAUGCGUGCAAUUUGGCGAUAAAAUGUGGAAACCUUAAGAUGGCCUUGAUCUUGGCACAGGCUUGUUCUAAUGAAAAAGUGAAGCAGCUUGUUCGGACACAAUUAGCCUGCUGGCAACGUACCGAAGCUGAUUUAUUCAUUGAAGAAGAUUACCUGAAAAUAUAUGCAACUUUAGCAGGUUGUAUGGUUUGGAGUGGAAAUGGAGGCACCAUUAAUGUUUGCGACAAUCUAGACUGGAAGAGAUGUCUUGCCAUGCAUCUAUGGUUCUAUUGCAAGAGCACUGAUACAAUCAAAAGUGGUUUAGAGGCUUACGAGGAGGCUUAUCAAGGAAAAACAAAGCAUGGUGCAUAUUGCGCCCCACCAGUACCUGACUAUCUCGGAAAAAACAAGUCCCAUUCCACAAAAGAUGUUCGCUUUCAAUUACUCCAACUCUUUUGCGAUAAAGCCAGCGUCAAAUUGUCGGAUAUACUAUCAACUAAUUCCUAUACAAAUAACCCGUUGGACGUCAGAUUAGCAUGGCAUUUAUGGCAUGCACUCUACAGUUUAGAAUAUAGGCAUUUAGAUGAAAUAUUUGUUGAACGUUUGCAUUUAUCGUAUGCAUCUCUACUUGAAGGCUUAGGACUCUAUCAAUGGUCAAUAUUUGUUCUUGCUCACGUCGAAAAUGAAAGACGCCGCGAAAGUUAUAUAAAAGAGGUUCUUCUACGUCACGGAACUCUGGGAAAGGGAGAAGAUGAUUGGACUUCUGAAGAAGAAUUUAUAUUGAAUCGUUUGUACUUGCCCGAGCGUUAUCUACACCAGGCAAAAGCAAUUAAAGCCCGCGUUUCGGGAGACGUUGAUGCAGAAUGUUGGCAUCUAUUGAAAUCUGAGGCUUAUACCGAAUGCGAAAAAAUACUAGUUGAGAAAGUAGCGCCAAAGUCACUUUUUCUUCAAAGGAAGCCGAAAGUUGAUUACGUUAGGUCAUUAUUAGAAAAACUGGAAAAGGCUGUUCAAGAUGGUGGAAAAAUAUGUGGCUGGACCAAGUCUGGGAAAGUAUUAUACGAUUAUGUCAAUGUAAAUACUACUUUGGAAUUAUUGGCUAAUUGCGAAAAAAUGGAUACUUGCUCAUUAGAUUUAUUAAAUAAUGAUUUAAAUUCUUUAUUGGCUCGAAUAGAGUCAAUGCCAAUACCCGACACAACCAUGGCAUUUGUUCAAGAUGAAAUGAGAAAGCGGACAAGAAAUAUUAGCCGAGUAUUGGAAAUGUUAGAAAAACAGGAAGAUGGAAGCUACAAGUUGCCGGAAGUCUCAUCCAGUUCGUUAGCUCGUCGUAUUGAACAGAAAUACGCGUCAAAAUCUGCAAAGCCUGAAAUCGUGCGGUUAGCCAAUAGUUUUCUGAAUAAGGAAGUUUAGUGAAACAAUUUAGUUUUUAUUUUGAAUUUUAUACCGUCAUUACAGUAUAAAUAAAAGAAAGUAUAAUAAAUUUAGAUGCUUUGAUAAUAAAAUAUUUAUAGGAGUGAGAAAAAGAAAGAAUGAAAAAGACAAAAAGCAGUGACAGGAAAAAAGGGAGUAACAUACAAACGAUUCAUUUAUUCAAGAGUAUAUCUUUACCCUAUGUGCAUUGUUUAAAGCUUUUUACUUGUACUACAAAGCUCGCUUAUUGUAACAGAAAUAGUUACAAAUGUAAAAUACUGUAUUUAAUAUGUUUAGGAAAAAAAUAGUGUAUAAAGAUACUUCAGCUUGUCAAAAUAAAGAGUAAAAGUCUUAAAAUAAACAAAAUUAAUCGACAGGUAACAAAUGUCCUCUUGUCGAGUACAAGGUUAUUUAAUGUAAAUAUCAAUACCAGUGUCACGAAAGGGUCGCAGUUAAUCAAUUUCUUUUUGUGUACUCGAAUGGCGUUUGUUUCCUUGCGAUUAUCGUUUGCUAGACAAUACGUAUGCUGAUCAUUUAAUUCUGUUUGCGUUUACUUACUGAAUGUUUUUUUUUGUUAUACUGUAUUUUUUUAAAGAGGGAUAGGGGAGGUUAACACUCACAAAAAAAAUUAUGCCUAUGUACAUUCUUACUUAUUAUUUCGUAAUUAUCUGAGUUGAAAAUAAUUGGAAACUUGCUUGUCCGUUAUAAUCAAUCAAUACAACAGUGAUCUACUUAGUUUCUUUUUUUAUCCAUUGUUUAUAACUUUCUUAUAUAUAAAUAAGGUAACUUUAUACUUUUGCACAGAAUAGGCCUACCUACCAACCUUUUAAUUAAAACACAAAAAGUUGUAGUCUUUAGAAGAGAAAUAACAAUAAUCAAUACAUAGG